CGAAAUUAUAUAAGGGUACUCGAGGUCGCCCGUGAACUUCAUUAGAGAGGUGAAUCUUGGUGCGGUGAGAAAGCAAACAUGAAGUUGUUGACGUUGACGGCGAUUGCCUGUGGAUUGCUGGUCCUGGCUAGUGCCAAGCCAGCGGCGCGCAGUUAUACCAUGGAUGAACUGGCCCGUAUUGUUGAGGAGUUCCGAGUGAAGUUUGACGACCUGCACGAGGAGAAGGAUGCCUUUGUGAACUUGGCCCGUAUCAUUACCCGUGCUGAGCUGAAGCUGCUGAACGAAGCCACCGUGGACAACUUGGCUGAUGCGUGGAGCGAUAUCGAGCAUCACUUCGACGGUACGCGGAAAAUCAUCGGAGACAUGAUCAUCUUGCCGAAUGCCAACGAGGAGUGUCUGCUGGGAUUGGUUGAGGAGAUCGUUGCCGAGCGUAUUCGUGCUGCGGACGAGAUGAGCCGUUGCGCUAGCGACAAGAUCGGCAUCAAGGAAGGUCUGGCCGAUGAGUUCCGUAGCUUGGUCAACCUGUUGCAACGAAUCUCGACCGCCGCUGCCGAAUACACGCUGUACUCUUUCGCCAACCACAACUCUUUCGUCGAUCCGGAGGAGCAGAUCGAAUGGCUGGAGCGUAACUACCAGAACCAGGUGUACUUCUGGGACAACGUGGCCCGUCCCGAAGCCCAGGAGGAUCUGGACUACCUGGAGGUGAACCGUCCCUAUCUGGUUGAGGAGAACCGUCUCUGCUUGGAGCGCAUCCAGGUGCAGAUGACCGAGGUCGACCGUAGCAUCAACCAGAGGAUCAACCAGUGCGUCGUUUGAACUGGGAGAGAGAUGGUGCGGGUGUAGGAAUGUUUCAAUAAAUGAACAAGAUUGUUUUCGUUGAUUGGACGAGGUGUUACGAAA